AAAAUAGGAUUGGCUUAAACCCCUAUUCCGUGAUUCAGUUACCGAACCCAAGAUACGAACGCCGUCACUCCGGUUGUGGUUGUGUUGAGGACGAUGGCUGUAAGAGCCAAGAAAGAGAAAGAGCGCCUCAAUCUAAUCUUAGGUUCCUACCUCACCACUAUCCAUGAAACCCUCCAGGUUUUGGAUCAAACGCCACCUUCUUCUUCCUCCGCCAAAGUCACCUGGGACGAUGUCAUCAAGAUGGCUGACCAAGUCUCUAAACAAGCAACCACAGUGGGAAUGCUUUGGAGUGGAGACAAGCCAGAACCCAAAGCAAUUGAGGAAAAUAUGGCAGCGUACUUCAACAAUCUACAAGGUUUCCUUUUGCUUUCCCAUGCCAGUCUGGUAGCUGCAGGGCCUACCUUGUCUUCCACUGUUCAUUCAUCUGUCAAACAAGUCGUUGAUUCCAGCUUCAGGAUGAUGAAGGAAACUGUCUCCUUAUAUGGGUCCCAUUGUAAAGACCAGAAACUAUCAGUACCGCAAUUGGUUGGUGCUGUAUGGGAAGCAUGUUCUGCCCUUAAGAAGACUCCUUCAACAAAUAUUACAGCAAUUGGGCGAGGAAUGACACAGGUUGCUGUUUCAGUGAAAGAUGUUCUUCGUGAGAUGAAAGAAUUGAAGCCUGAUUCAUGUGAUGAUCAAGUUGACAAAGCUGCUGGUGAGAGUUGUGCAGAAGCAGUGUCUGAGCCACAUGAUGAUAAUUCAAGUGAAGGUGAUAUAGGGAAUGACCUGUCGCCUGAAGAGAUGAAAGUGGCUGAAAGAGCAAUUGUGGUUGUCUCUGAUACGCUUUCAGUUAUAAAAGUACUUAUUCACUCCAUCAUAGGCUUGCUUAAGCUGGAAAAACCUAAUGACAACAGCAGUUUUGUAAAUUCGCUGGAAAAGUUGUUGCAAUUGUGUCAGGAACUUGGCCGGCAGAUUGAUGAGAUUGGAGCUUGCCUUUAUCCCCCUCAAGAGAUUGCUGCCAUAGAGGCAGCUUUGGAAAAAAUCCGCAGCAUUAUUGAUGUUGUGCAAGUGGAGGUAGGAGAACUUCUAGGCGCAUCAGAUGUACUUCUGGAGCCAUGCAAUGAUUUGAGGAGUUCAUUGAGACGGCUUGAAUCUGAACUAAGUAACUCUAGUACCGCUGAAAUAGAAGCUAGAGUGGAAAAUAUAACAUUAAACAAUAAGUAGACUCUGAUCUGUGUACUUUUUUUUUUUUUUUAAUAUUAUUACUAUUAUUAUUAUUAUUUUCGGGGUUGGUUUAAUGUGCAAUGAAUUUGACGUUGUAGAACUCAUGGCAAUGAUCCUUUUGAUUUAUAAUUUUGUACGCACCAGUGUCUAACCUGGUCAACCACUGAUUUGAUUUA